AUGUCAGCUGCUGUAGAUGAUGUGAAGACAGUUGAGGACGUUGCUGAUGUCAUUGCUGUGGAAAGUAGUGAUAGUCAAGGGUUUGACGAUUAUGAUGGUCAUAACGAUAGUCCAAAGGAGAUGCCUAUUAUAGAUAAUAAUCAGAUAGAUGAGAAUGAUGAUUUCAUAGCAUUUUCAGAGAGCUCGGGUGGAGAGGAUGGCGAUGAAGCUGAGGAGGAGCAACCGCAAGCCGAGGAAGAAGAGUAUACUGAUUAUCCAUGGACUAUUGAUAGGGAUUAUUCUAAGGAAAAAGAACUAGCUGAUUGGUUGAAUUAUGAAAUACUGGAUUUUGUUGCCUAUAUAUCUCCUAGUAAAGAAGAGAUAGAAACAAGAAAUAGAACAAUAGGUUCAAUCAGAAGUGCUGUUAAAGAACUUUGGCCUGAUGCUGACCUGCACGUAUUUGGUUCGUAUGCGACUGAUCUUUAUUUACCAGGAUCUGAUAUUGAUUGUGUAGUCAAUAGUAAGCAAGGUGAUAAGCAGAGCAGAAACAACUUGUAUAAGUUGGCCAACUUCUUAAAGAAAAAAGAAAUUGCGACAGAGAUUGAAGUUGUUGCGAAAGCUAGAGUUCCUAUUAUCAAAUUUGUGGAGGUUGAGUCCCGGACACACAUGGAUAUAUCAUUUGAAAGAUUGAAUGGUCUUGAGGCUGCAAAGCUUAUAAGAGAUUGGCUGGCUAGUACACCAGGCUUGCGUGAGCUUGUUUUAGUCGUAAAACAAUUUUUGCAUUCGAGAAGAUUAAAUAACGUACAUUCUGGUGGUCUAGGAGGUUUCAGUAUAAUAUGUCUAGUCUAUUCAUUUUUAAGAAUGCAUCCUAGAAUAAUCACUGCUGAGAUCGAUCCAUUAGAGAAUCUAGGUGUGUUGUUAAUUGAAUUUUUUGAACUUUACGGUAAGAAUUUUGGGUACGAUGAUGUUGCUAUUGGUGUGCAAGAUGGCUCUCCUAUUUAUAUGGCGAAGAGGUCAUGGAAAUCACUUGAACAGAACAGAGGAUCAUUCAAUUUAGCAAUACAAGAUCCCGGUGAUGUUACGAAUAACAUAAGUAGAGGAUCCUUUAAUCUAAGAGAUAUAAAAAAGGCAUUUGCUGGUGCUUUUGAUCUUCUCACUAAUAAAUGUUUCGAGUUGAAUUCUAUAUCAAUUAAGGAAAGAUACGGAAAGACGAUAUUAGGAAAUAUAAUAAAGUACCAUGGUAAGCGUAGAGACUUCAGAGAUGAAAGAGGUUUGGUUCAGAAUAAAGCCAUUGCUGAGAAUGAGAGCUACCAUAAGAAACGUAGUAUUAUUAUGCAUGGAGAGCUAUCUGCCGUCAAUGGCAAAAGAAGUGCAGACGAUGAGAGUAACGAACAUCAUGACGAUACACAAAAUAAGAAACAAAAGGUUAAUGAUUACGAUGAUGCUGAAGAAGAAGACGAUUACGACCCUUUGGCAUAG